AUGCCUUCAGCAAUCUCAGAAAUCCCCCAAUACUCCUACGUCCCUGAGACAAAGGAAGAUCUGGACUGGGCAGACUUGGCAAACAUAGACCUCUCUAAAUACGGUACCCCCGAAGGCAACGCCGAACUCGCCCAAACUCUCAUCGAAGCAAUCCGCACCAAGGGUUUCUUUUACGUAACCAAGUUCGACAUUCCCCAAUCUUCCAUUGACAGACAAUUCGCUCUUGGCAAUGCAUUUUACAACCUCCCCAUUGAAGAGAAGCUCAAGUAUGUUCCUGAUCUUGAUGCGGGAGAGUAUAAUGGGUACAGACCAGGUGGACGAAGGAUUUUGUCGGGUGGUGUGAAGGAGAAGACUGAGGUUUGGAACAUGGCCACGGAUAAUGGAAAGAUUACGCAGCCUGUUCCGAAGCUGUUGAAGGAUCACAUUGAUGAAAUCACCUCAUUUGCAAAGGACCUGCAUGAGAAAGUCCUCGACCCUCUUUACCACCUCACAGCUCUCGCCCUCCAAAUCCCCGAAGACCAUCUCGUCAACCUACACAAGUGGGGAACCCACAACGAAUCCCACCUCCGCUACAUGAAAUACGGGAAAUUCUCCCCCGAGGAGAUUGAAAAGCUUGAAGAUGGUCUUUGGUCUCGCGGCCAUACUGAUCUUGGCUCAUACACUCUUCUCUUCCGUCAACCUGUAGCCGGUCUUCAGAUCAAAGAUCACAAAACUGGCGAUUGGAAGUGGGCCAAGCCUCUUGAUGGAAGUUUGACGGUUAAUGCGUGCGAUGCGUUGAGUUUUCUUACGGGGGGUUAUGUUCAGUCUACCAUCCAUCGGGUAUCUGUCCCUCCAAAGGAUCAGCGCAACGUAGACCGUCUAGGUCUCUUGUACUUCUCGCGCGCAGAGAACGACCUUGUUCUCAAUACAAUUGACUCACCUCUUUUGAAGCGAGAGGGUUACACGCAGAAUGAGUUUGAGAGGGGAAAUCAUCGCGUCCCGACGAUGGGAGAGUUUACGACGUUGAAGCAGACUUGGCAGCAGUCGCAGAAGAGGGGAAUCACGUAUGAUGAACUGGAAGGGCAGCAGAUUCUUCCUGGGUUUCAUGGAAGGAGUUUUAAGUAG